CAAAUACCUGCAUUGAACAUGUGGCAAAGAACUGCUCCCAAGAAGAUAUGGCUGAUUUCCCUGAUGAUCUGCUCCUUCCUUGCAUUCACGACUCAAGGGCCACAGUCUUCAACACCUGUAGUGGACACUAAAUAUGGGAAAGUCCAAGGCAAACAAGUGAUACUUCAAGAACUUGACAAAUCUGUCAAUAUUUUCCUGGGAGUCCCCUUUGCCAAAGCUCCUCUUGGAGACCUGAGGUUUGCUCCACCCCAGCCCCCUGAGCCCUGGGACUAUGUGAAGAACACCAUUACAUACCCACCCAUGUGUGCCCAGAAUCCAAUUGCACGAGAGCUUAUAGUGACACUUUCUGGCAGUCAGAAUGCAACUUCCUCGAAAAAUUCUGAAGAUUGUUUGUACCUGAACAUUUACACCUCAGCUGACCUGGAAACAAAGACUAAGUUACCUGUGAUGGUGUGGAUCCAUGGAGGAGCUUUUUUGCUAGGUGAUGCUUCAACUUUGGAGGGGACAUACCUCUCAGCUCUUGAGAAUGUUGUUGUGGUGGCCAUUCAGUACCGUCUGGGAAUCUUUGGAUUCUAUAGCACUGGAGACGAACAUGCCCGAGGGAACUGGGGUUACUUAGACCAAGUGGCUGCACUCCAAUGGGUCCAGCAAAACAUUGUCAAUUUUGGAGGAGACCCUAACUCGGUGACCAUCUUUGGUGUGUCAGCAGGAAGUAUCAGUGUUUCAGCACUGGUUCUUUCUCCUUUGACAACAAACCUCUUCCACCGAGCCAUUUCUCAGAGUGGAGUUGCCAUUAUGGAAUCCAUAUUCAUUUCUAACAUCACAUCAACAGCUGAGAAAAUUGCAGGCAUUGCUGGGUGUAAAACAACCACUUCAGCCAGCAUGGUUCACUGUUUGCGGCAGAAGACAGAAGAAGAGAUCCUGAACAUAGCUCAAAAGAUGGAACUACUCCGCAUGGAUUUUGUGGGAGACCCCACACAGAAAAUUGUAUUGCCUCCUACAGUUGUGGAUGGAAUAUUUUUCCCCAAAAGUCCCAAAGAGCUCCUCACUGAAAAGCAGUUCACUCAUAUCCCCUAUAUUGUGGGAUUCAACAGUGAUGAAUUUGGCUGGAUUCUUCCAACUCUCUUGGGAUAUCCUCUAUCAGGAGACAGGCUGGACCAAGAGAAAGCAACAGCUCUAUUGUGGAGUUCCUACCCACUUCUUAAAAUCCCCAAAGAACUCACUGCUGUGAUAACUGAAGAGUAUCUUGGAGUGACAGAAGAUCCUGUCAAAAAGAAAGGCCUAUUUCUGGACAUGAUGGGAGACUUGAUGUUUGGGAUUCCAUCUAUAAUAGUGGCUCAACUUCAUAGAGCAUCAGGGGCACCUACCUACAUGUACCAUUUUCAGCAUCGACCAAGCUUUUGGGGAAACUUGAAACCAGUGACAAUAAAGGCAGACCAUGGGGAUGAAUUUUUCUUUGUCUUUGGGACUCCAUUGCUAAUGGAGAGUUCCCCAGAAGAGGAGAAGCAGCUUAGCAGGACAAUGAUGAAAUAUUGGGCCAACUUUGCUCGGAAUGGAAACCCGAAUGGUGAAGGUCUACUAAAGUGGCCUUUGUAUGAUCAGAAUGAAGAGUAUCUUCAAAUUGACACCACCAUGAAGACAGCCAAAAAGCUAAAGGAGAAGGAAUUGACAUAUUGGACUAAGCUCUUGGCAAAGAAGCCAGUUGGAGCAAAAAGAGAGAUCACAGAGUUAUAA